AUAGCUCAUUUGUACGCCAGUACCAGUUAUGUAGACUCAAACUCGCCCUGCGACAUCUACGCGCUCUCCAGUAUACGGCUGUUGCCAUGGAUAGCCGAUUGGAGCAUUUGGUGUAAAAGAUACAGCAAGAUGCACGCCAUUCGUUUUUAUGACAAAAAUACGCAAAGAGAUACUGCUGUCGUAACGUCUAAUAAUAGGAAAGUGGAUGGGAGGUUGGUGUAUGAUGUUAACGGUAGACUUAGCACGCUAACAGAGCACUUAACCAACACAAUGUGCAAUGUUAUGGGGUGUGUUGCAUAAAAACAACACCAACGGCUAUUAUCUGAUAACGGACAAUGCCCUAUCCAUGCUCCAAUUGCAGU